UUUGCUCUCUUUCUCUUCCCCAUACCUGCCUCGUCCGCGUCGUCGCCCUUCAGGUCCAACAAAGCGGAGAAAAAUGCCGACGGUCUGCAGGACAUCGAACGGGAGGUCGACCGGUACAAAGACAUUCUGCAGAACCUCAACAAACGGAUAGCAACGACCGUAUCGGCCGGUCAACCCCAGGAUGCCGUAGCCAAAGAUAAGCGAAUGCGCAAAGUGGCCGAGUUCCAGCUCGGUCAGUUGAUGGAAGAUUCGGUCAAGGACCUGCCCGCCGGGUUGCUUCGGGACGUGCUCGACAGGAGUGCUCGCCUGGAAAAGACCAUCGCGUCGGAAAUCAUCAACAAUGAGGUCAACAUUGAGAACUCGGUCAGCAAAAAUCUGAACGAUAUCAUCGAGCGGCAUCUGGCAACGAUCCAGAAGCAGAAACGCACCGUCAGCAAGUGUCACCAGGAGUACGAAGCCACAAGGCAAAAGUAUGAUUCUGCCGUGAGGAACAGCGACCAGCUAGGUAACCAAGCCAAACUAACCCAACUGAAGGAUGACCAGGAAGAACUCCACAGCAAGCUGGAGAAGGAACGGGACUUGUACGAAUCGUACAUGUACGAACUGUUGGCCGAAGAGGAAAACAUUGCCAACUACGUGAAGGAGUACGUCAAACAUCAGGAAUUGUACUACACCUCGGCGCUGCGGGAGAUCCAGGGGACCAUCAAGAGCAUGGACGGUCUGUUUCGACGGAACAACAAGCAAAUCUUCCACACACCCCUGCAAGAACACCUGAAAGCGACAGAUCGUAAAAUUGCUUACGUUAUCGAGCUUUGCGUGUGCUGUUUGCUGGAGAAAGGCCUCUACGAGGAAGGAUUGCUACGGGUAGGAUGUGCAUCCUCAAAACUGCGACGAAUGAUCUCCGCUAUCAACGCCAACUACGUCACACCUCCGCUACCGGAUAAGUACGCCGAUCCCCAUGUCAUAGCCGGAGUGCUAAAGAAAUACCUCCGAAGUCUGCCGGAUCCGCUGCUCACGUUCGAGUUCUAUACGGACUUUGUGGCGGCAGCCCAAAAACAGAACGAAACCCAGCGGAAAGCGGCGAUCCUGAACAUCGUCAAUCAGCUACCGAAGGAAAACUACAACAACUUACGAUACCUCAUGAAGUUCCUGUCCUAUCUGUCGGAGAAGAACCAGGAGAACAAAAUGUCCCCCCAGAACAUUGCCAUUGUGAUGUCGCCCAAUCUUCUGUGGUCGCCGAAUGAGAACGAAAACUACAUCGAUCAGGUGAACAGUACGGCCACGGUGAAUACCAUUGUGGAAGCAAUGAUCGCCGAUUGGGGCUUCUUCUUCGAUGGGGACGUGAAUUUCUAUGUUAGUAUGAGCAGAGAUUCGCUCUUUCCGGACAAUGGCGGAUUUCCGGUGGACAAAGAUUUGCCGGUGAGAUAUGUUCCUAACGAUAUGAUGUCGCGAUCGAUGAUCGUAACGACAACCGCGAGUAGCCAAGACGAGGUUCGGUAUUAUAACAGUGGAGGAGGAGGCAGUGGAGGUGGUGGAGGAGGAGGGAUAUACACCAACAACUCCCAGAAAGCAUCUACAUCACAUUCCCGCAGCAGCAGUCACGAUACUAGUCUUAUUCUAAUCAACAGUAACGAUCAGCUCAACAAGCACCGGAGUCAGUCGAAUAGUUCCCUAUCGGAUCAUUCCAGUCCACCACACGAAAGCAGUCCAAAGCCUACUGUGCGGAGAAAACACAAUAAACAAGCUGCGCCUACUCCUCCCGACAGUCAUCACAAGAACAGCACCGGUAGCAGUAACCACAGCAACAGCUCCCGGGAGCUGAACAACAAGCUCCAGUCCAGCUCGUACUUCAAACAGCUGAACAACAACGAUCACCAUCGGCGGGAUCAUCGCGAAGACGAAGGAUUCCAGUCCCUACAACAUCACGCGUACAAACAAGCCCAACAGGAAUUCGGCAACGGCGGUCAGCGGCAGACGAUGAUGAUCCGCGCCGAAAGUCAUGACAACCUGCUGAAGCUCAAAUCGUCGAUGACGACGUCCGCCACCCCAUCGACGGUCACGGUAUCGACGACGGCGGCCAGCGUGGGAGAUAAAAUCCCACCCCCACGGCCGGCAGCAGUCAGCAUCGGAGAGAGUCAGACGCUGAACCGAAGCAAAGGUCAGCACAACCUGCACCAACAGCAUCAGCACCAAAACAGCAAACUACCAAAUGCUCCCAAUUGUGAUACUACUACUAGCAGUAUAGGAAAUAAAGAAAAUAAGGAAAACCAUCAUCGUCCGACGUUUCCAUUGCCGGUGAAACCGGUGGCCCUACCGAGGACAACUUUAGUCGUUGCAAAGACGCCCACCCCUACCGGACCAAGUCCGACCGCGAACAUCACCGAUGACGAUAGCAGUCCAGCCUCCCAUUCGGCAAUUCGCGAAAAACCCGUCAUCCCAGAACGGCCUGCUAUCCUGUUGAGGCCACAGAGCUUCAAAGGCUCCAUCCCGGAAAUAUCCAAAGUAAGCGAAGGAACCAACACGCUAAUCAGCGCCGGAACCUCCAUCAAAAAGGCUCAAAGCUUCCGAGGCGAAACCAGCUCGGGGACAAGCAAGGAAAGCGGUUCGACCGUUCUCGAGAGGACCCAAAUCUACAACAUCGAUAAACAGCAGGUCGCGAUCAUCGAUGUGCCCGAUAAGGGAUCCUCGGGAGAUGAGCAGAGCAAGAGCAAAGACAAACCAUCAUCCCUGGUGGUCACAGUUCCGGAAGGUGUCCCCCCGUUAGCCAUGAUGGAGUCCACCGGAUCCCUUGGCAGCGACAUCCAAUCGCCGACGAGCGCAGUAGGCCCCUCAUCGGAGCAGGCGACGACGGCGGACUCCGCUAAUAACGCAGCAACCCUAACUAGUCUUCAGCACGUGCCCCAGUCGCCACGCGGAUUCGAUCAGGCCAAAAUCAAACGGCCACAAGUUCCGGCACCACCACCACCGGUUGGUCGACCUAAAUCGUCCGACUCGACGGAUUUAUAACAAAGUGAGCUGUUGAUUUAACCACGCGCGCGGGUAUUGUAGAGUUACAUUUGAAUGUGUAGAAAUUUACGUUAGAACGAGUGUGUAGACUCUUUCCGGGUGGAGACAUGCGCUUGCUUGGCUGCCUCUGGUGAGUUGCUUUUAAGAGAUGCUGUGAUUAAGAGUAUUCCUCGCAGGGGAGUAUCAAGCCACUUUAUCAGCAUCAAACCAAAAAUAAAUCGAAACUGAUUCGCAUCUAAUGUAAUUGCUUUGCACUAACUCGAUUGAAGAAGCACACCGCUUGAUGUGCGUCGCCCCGCGUCCGUCAAUUUGACUAGUUGAGAGUUUCUUCCAAUAUCAACCAGUAUGGUAACCAGAUGCAAUCCAAACCGUACUCUCGUCGCAUUUACCCAUCGCUGCAUAACGAAACAUCAGCAGAGCAGCAGGGCAAGUCUGUCAUUCACCCAUAGAGGUCGAGAAAGAAGAAAAAACACAAACUAUUCCGAGUCAGAUAGCUUUUAAUUAAAUUUUAUUAUUUUAACGUUUUUUAUUAUCGUCUCUUGUCGGUCGGUUUUAGUUCAUUUUCGUUUGUGUCGUUCGGUAUACCCACAUACCCCUACCUAUACACUGUUAUGCAUGGCGACAGUCAGAAAAGGAAACAAGAGUACAUUCUAAUUGAAUUGAGUUCGGUCGCUAUUCUGUUACUUCCAAUUUGCGUUAUGCUCAUCGCUACCCGCCCCUCCCCGCUGUGUUUGUAUAGGUGCCCCACAUAGCUAUUGUUAAAAUUGUUACAUUGUAACGAUCGGGUUCGCUUUGAUUCUUAGCAAAUAGAAAAGUGCAUUGCUGCUCUAUAUUUUUCGGAUUCAGCUUUUUGGCUAACGCAAACGAGAACGUGAACACAUCAUUCAGUAUAUCAUUCAGAGGAUGAUAUCAGAGCAUCAGCAGCAAUAGGGAUAGGACACAAUGAAAGUAAUCAAAUAGAAAAUCAAAGACGAUUGGAAUCCCCCUCCAUGGUAGUUAGUUUGAUAUUGUUAUUGCAGUUUGUACACCGUUAAUGUAGACUGAAAAUUGGGCAUUCUAACAUAUUAUGUUUGCCAUCACAUCAUACAUGAUGUUGUCAUUUCUGGGGCAAUAUCUUCAUUACCAUCAUUGAUAGACUACCUACGUUUGUGGGCGAGUUGUUUGACUCCAUCAAAGUAGUCUUUGCUUGCAGGGUACUUUUUAUUUGGAUUCACCCGAAUUAAAACAGAAAAAGUCAAACUGCUCGCCUACUUCGAUUGACACGAAUGCUAAUAAAUUACUGAAGUUAUCAAUAAAUUAUCGCUACGUACUCACAUCUAUCUAAUCAAAUCAAUCUUAUACAGUAACAGAACAUAUUCAAUCGUAAAAGUAAUAAACCUGCUUGUUGCCUUA